AUGGCGCCCAUGGCAGCUAACGGAGUCAGGGAGUCCUUCGAUAACAUCUACCUCAACCUCUCGAAGCAGCCCGGAAAGUGUAGGCUCGCAGAGUCAGGUCUUGGCUGGAAGCCGGCAUCAGGCGGACAGACCUUCACACUCGACAAGUCGGACUUACAAAGCGCGCAAUGGAGUAGAGCAGCCAGAGGACACGAGCUCAAGAUCUACGCUUGUAACGAGGGUGUUGUGCAGCUCGAUGGCUUCAAAGAAGACGAUUUCGACACGAUCGCGAAAUGCUUCAAGGUCUGGUACGGCGCCGGUCUCGAACAGAAGGAGCACGCACUCCGCGGCUGGAACUGGGGCAAGAACGAGCUGGGUAGGAACGAGCUGGUCUUCAACGUGCGAAAUCAACCCGCCUUCGAGAUCCCCUACACCGAAAUCUCGAACACGAACUUGGCCGGCAAGAACGAGGUCGCAGUGGAAUUCUCAUUGCCGGAGAAUGGCGAAGAGACGGGCACAAACGGAUCUCUGGGCGGCGCAAGAACGGAAGGCAGGAAGAUGGGAGGCGCUGUAGACCAGCUGACAGAAAUGCGCUUCUACAUCCCCGGCACAGAAAAGGUCCACAGGGGCGAAGAUGGCGAGGACGGCGAGCAGGCGGAUGGAGAGGAAGAUGAAGAGCAGAAUGCUGCCAACUUCUUCUACGAGACGCUCAUGAACAAGGCAGAGAUCGGAGAAGUUGCUGGAGACACAUUCGCGACCUUCCAAGAUGUGCUACACCUGACGCCUCGUGGACGAUUCGACAUCGACCUUUACGAGAAUUCAUUCCGACUUCGCGGAAAGACAUACGACUACAAGAUCUCAUACGAGAGCGCCAAGCGCUUCUUUAUACUACCCAAGCCCGACGACAUGCACCAGCUGCUCUGCAUAGGGCUGGAUCCGCCCCUUCGACAAGGUCAGACGAGAUACCCAUUCUUGGUCAUGCAAUUCAAGAAGGAUGAAGAAGUUCGGAUCGAACUCAACAUGACGCCAGAGGUAUUGAAGGAGAAGUACAACGGCAAGCUCCUUCCUAUCUAUGAAGAGCCAGUUGGCAGAGUGAUCGGCAAGAUAUUCCAUGGACUCACUGGAAAGAGGCUCAUACAACCGUCGUCCGACUUCACAUCACAUCACCAAAUGUCCGGCGUCAAAUGCAGUAUCAAGGCGAACGAAGGCCACCUUUUCUGCCUGGACCGAGCUUUCCUUUUCGUGCCGAAGCCAGCGACAUACAUCUCCUUCGAUCACAUCGCAAGCGUUACGAUGAGCCGCGUGGGCGGAGCUGUUAGUGCCAGCCGCACAUUUGACAUCAGCGUGACGCUCAAGAACGGUGCGGGCGAACACCAGUUCUCAAACAUCAACCGUGAGGAGCAGUCGCCUCUGGAAUCGUUCCUGAGGAUCAAGAACAUCAAGACCAAGAACGAGAUGGACGGUGACGGAGGCAUGUUAGCUGCUGCGCUCGCAGACGAUCCCGACCUCGCUAGCAGCGACGAGGAGGUUGUCAUGCAAGACCGCGGUAGUGCAGACGAGGACAGCGAGGAGGCAGACGAAGACUUUGCGGCAGACAGCGAGAGCGACGUGGCGGAGGAAUACGACUCGGAUGCGAAGAGCUCAGGGGAUGACAGCGACGCAGAGAUGGACGAUGCCGAUGGAGCGGCAGGGAGCGGCAGCGACACAGCGGAAAAAGUCGAGAGGCCGAAGAAGAAGGCUAAGACCGGGUAA